AUGUUCAGCCAAAAAAAAGAGCGCGUGGGUCAGGUGGCACUGGUACAUUUUUAUAUGGACGACAUGAUGGUGGAGGGGAAGGAAGAAUUCACGUGGAGUCUCCUGACCUUCUACAACUUUGAGAUGCUGCUCUCCAUCGGAAGCCUGGCAGCCAACACAUUGCUACUCUGUACGCUGAAGCGGUUUUCCGUCUUCCAUGAUCACCUACGAGUCAUCUGCAUCCACAUGACGUUCACGAUAAUCCUCUCAUCCGUCUACUCUCUCCUUCGAGCGAUCGUGGGAACCUAUCAGCUUUUCGUCCCUGGGAGCCAGAUCCCGGAUACGGACGAUUCCUGCGACCUAUCAGAAGCGAUGCCAUUUUCACUAUGCUUACAGCUCUGUAUACUGUCGAUAAUUCUGAGCGUAGAGCGCUUCUACGCUACUAUGAAUUAUCACAGAUAUGAGGAUGAGAAUGUGGAGAAACCGCUACGUUAUCUGCUACUGGUUACGUGGAUGCCCAUCGUCCUCCCACUAGCCCACAUCCUCUCCUCAGUAUAUUUCCACGAGGAUAUGCAAGCUUGCGGUCGUCGAUUGAAUACUCGAUCGCUGCUCUCCAGAAAUAUCGGCAUCGUCAUCGCCAUCAUCUUCAGUUUCAUCUUCACCGCCGUGUUUUUGAGCCUGAAAAUGCUCAACGGCCAGCGCCAAAUCGAGUAUAUUCGGCAUCACUACCGGUCGUUGUCGACGAGAUUUCAGAUCGGAGAAAACCUUCGCACCUGCGGGGUGAUGUCCUCGAUGCAUCUGCUGAGUCUUAUGUUUUUCGGGACAGCUUUUGCUCUGGAUCUUUUCAUUUCUGGCGAUCCAAAAGCGACGGAUUCGAUGAGGGAAUUUCCCCACAUCCUGCUCCCAGUUUUCGCCUGCCUAUUUCCGACCAUUUUUGUCGGCAACGACAGGCCGUUGCGUGGGAAAUUCACAGCCGUUUUCUCAUCACUAUUCAUCGCGGCGCCGAUCGAGAAGUCCCUGAUGGCAACGGCU